CCACACUCAAGCAGGCCGUGACUGGCCUGUCGUCUGUCAGCUGUUUUCUUGCCGCGCUGUGUUAUCUUAUCAACUCGGAUUCGAAUAGCAGAGACAGCUGGACCGAAAUCUCGUUCCUGUCUUACCAUGGAAUCAUUUUGCUCUCAUCUACCGAAAGUUGAACUCCAUGCUCAUCUCAAUGGAUCAUUAAGUCAAAAAGUGCUCUAUGAGCUCUACAUGUCUGAUCCAAAUAUUACCAAGAGUGACGAUAUUAUUAAACUUAUUUCAUCUUUUCAUUCUGGUGAAGAACGAACUUUGGAGGACUGCUUCAAGGCAUUUGACAUUGCUCAUGCUGUAACUGUGACCCCAAAUGCUGUUAAGAAAGUAACGAAAGACGUAAUCUGUGAAUUCGCUGCUGAUAAUGUGAUGUAUUUGGAAAUUCGCACUACACCAAGGGCAGUUCCAGGUGCAAUGACAAAAACCCAAUAUAUCCAAGCAGUUAUUGAUACUAUUCAGGAAAUACCUACUUUCAUUGGUCCAGAUAAAUUUAUCGUUGUUAAAUUGCUCCUAUCUGUAAAUCGUCGAGAAGGCCUAACAGAGGCUGAGGAAAAUAUAAAAGCAGCUAUUGCAGCACAUGUCGCUUAUCCUGAAGUUGUUGUUGGAGUUGAUUUGAGUGGCAAUCCAAGCUGUGGCAAUGUGACAGAUGAAAUUUUGCCACUGUUUACCAAUGCUAGGGUCUCAGGACUAAAAAUUGCUUUGCAUUGUGCUGAGAUACCUAAUGAAGAUGAAGUGGAAGCAAUAUUAAAAUUCAAAGCAGACCGCCUUGGCCAUGGCACCUGCAUUCACCCCAAUUAUGGCGGAACUGACAAAUUAUGGAGUUUAUUCCUGCAGUACAGAACACCUCUAGAAGUGUGUCUGACAUCUAAUUUAAAAUGUCAAACUGUUGAGAGUUACGAAAAGCAUCAUAUACAAAAACUCCUCCCCAUCCAAUAUCCAAUUGUCAUUUCUACUGAUGACAAAGCUGUGUUUUCAACCACUCUUUCAGAAGAAUUCAGAGUAGUUGCAGAGACUUUUAGUCUUUCCAAGAUGGAAUUAUGUAAUUUUACUCAAAAAGCUAUAGAAGUUUCUUUCGCUUCAUCUGACGAAAAAAAGUUAUUGCUGGACAAACUGUCAGAUUUUAAAAGGCAACAAGGCCUUCUGUAGAAAUAUAACUAUUUUUAAUUUGUCUAAUUUAUGCCGUGUUCUGUGGAGGAAAAUAAAGUUAAUUUCAAACUUUUA